GUUUCUGAAUCUUUCACUGAUUCUCCCUGAUUCUGAAUCAGACGAUUCACUAUCGCAUCGCGACGAUAUAUCGUCGAUAUCGAUAUUUUAUUUAUAUCGAUAAGACGCCGUCAAAUGUUUGCGUAGUUUUUUUUCUUCUUUAGUUUUUCUUAGUUUUAAGGCCAAAUAAGUGAAAAAAGCUCCCAGGAAAAGUUUCCCUUCACAUAAAAAAAAACAAUGGGGCGCUCACCAUCCCCAGGCCCUGCAGCACGCCGUGACCGUCGGAAGGAAAAGGAACGCGAUCGAGAGAAAAGGAAGAAGCGUCAGAGAUCUCGCGAAAGGGAUGACUGGGAGCGUAGUGACCGUCGUUUACGUUCACACAGAUCCCACUCCCGGAGUCGAGAGAGAAGCGCCCGGCCGAGCCGCAGAUCGAGAUCUAGAUCGAGGUCCAGAGAUUAUACACGCGAACGCGAUCGCCGCGACCAGCCGGGUCCCUCGAGGUCCCGUGGACGAGGUGGCGGCGGGAGUUCCAGUGCCGGUGGAAGUGAGCGACCAUCGGUGAGUGAGGCAGAUCUCGAAGGGAAGAGCCCUGAGGAGCAAGAAAUGCUAAAAACAAUGGGCUUCUGUGGUUUUGAUACCACAAAAAACAAAAAGGUAGAAGGUAACAAUGCUGGGGAGGUUCAUGUGAUCCUCAAGCGAAAGUACCGGCAGUACAUGAACCGGAAGGGCGGCUUUAAUCGCCCACUGGACUUUGUCGCCUGAUUUUUUUCUUGGGGGACGAGGACAACACUUUAACUACCUGCAAUUUACCUCAUGUUGAUUGAAUUUGUUCACCUUGUUCUUUUUUUUUUUUAAUUUAAAUUUCCGUUAAUCAAAUUCCUAUCUCAGAAGAUAAUAUUAGAAAGUGACGGGUAUUUUUUUCCACUGUACACAGAUUAUUUUACUCCUCCACCCACAACCACAAUAGCCACAAUAGAACCACAAUAGUUAUUUUAUUUUACCACCCCACAUCUUCCCCAUUCACACAGCAAUAGUUAUUUACAAUUUAUUACCUCAAACAAUGUUAAAUUUUGCAAUAGUAUAAAUUUUUACAGGAAAUACGAUCCUUGCGGGCACAUUUGCCUGUGCCACUCAGCAGGGAUCGUAUUAAUAAAUCAGGGAUUCAAUAUUCAAUUGGGUAAAUCCAUACACACCACAAAUCAAAUCCAAUGCCAUAGCCUUAAAAUUCAGCUGAAGGAUAAAUUCUUUUAUCCUUCCUGAAUUUCCAUACACACACACAACAUGCAAUAGCUCAAUAGAUAAUAAAAAAAAAUUAUCAAAAAAUAUACCUCACUAAAAGUUAAAAGAAAUUAAACAAAAAAAAAAACAAAUUAAAUUACAAAAUUAUGUGAUUGUACCAAAAAAGGUAAAUUAUGAGAAAUUCUCUACUAAAGACAAAAGAGUGCAUAGUUGAAAAAAAAUUGCAGGAGCCUCCAAAUGGAAUUUUCAUUAAAAUUAUUCUAGCAGUUAAGAAUCACAUCAUCUCAUUUUAUCAUAUUUAAUCAUUUUGUAGCCACACAUCGUUUACUAUCUCAUUUUUUAAUUCGUUUUUAUCUUAUUACAGUUUGCAUUUUGAUUACAACAUAUAUAUUCAUAUAAGAAACAACAGUGUCGUUCAAAAGUGUCCCUAAAAGUUUUUUUUUUAAUUAUUGGGCAAUAGAUGUUGUUUUUUUUUUCAAUUUGUUCAUAAUAUUUAUUUGCCCAAACUUAAAGGUUUUUAUUGAUUUUUAAUUGAUUUGUUUAAGGAGUAAAGAUAAAUAAUAUAUUCUUAAAAGAAAUAAGACAUUGACUUUUAAGCCACUGAUGAAGGUUUAAAAAGAACCGAAAGUGAUGGGCAAUAAAGUCCUUUUGUACUUGACUCUAACCAUCAUUAACUACUCCAAGAGAUUUCUUCCCAAAAUUAAGGUGAAAAAUAUUUAUUUUCUUUCCCUUUUUAAUUCCCAGCUUUCGGCUCACUUCGAGCCAUCAUCAGGGGUGUUAUUAGGUCAGUAUUGGUACGAAACAGAAUAAUUUUUCAAACCAACAUAGACAAACUGUUCCAAAAAAAAUCUAAUUAAAAUUGUUUAUUAGUGGACACUUUUGAAUCAUACUGUAAAAAUAAUGUACCAACUUUGAUUUCCACUGUGAGGACUUUCUGGAGAUGAAUCACAAGGAUAAUUUUGUUCCUUGUCAUGCCAUAAGACGCUUCUCAGAACUUUCUCGCAAAUCAAAGAAUAUCUCUGUGUGUUAAUUGCUUAAUAAACCGUAUUUUAUUUCUUCCAAUUGAAUUCAACUUAUGUGCCCAUUUUUUAUUUCAAAAUAAAGAAAAAUAAAAUUAACAAAAAAAA